AGAUACUAGUAAAAUGCAGUCGCAUUUGUUUAUAGAUAUACUUAAUCAAUGGUUGGCAUUGCAGGGAGCAUUCUGGUUUUAUGGGAGGUGGGAGCGUCACUUCCUUGGUUGUAAUAAAGAGCUCUGAUGUAGCCUUGUACAGCAAGAGGAGGAGUCUGUAUGCAGAAGCACCAUCUUCUGGGGGUAUAUAAAGGGUCAAGUCAACGAAGGGCAGAACAAGCUCCAGACAAUCGCUUCUUUCCGUCAACCGCAGCCUGCUCUCACAACCUCACUAUGUCUUGCCCUAACUACUGCUCUGGAAACUCCAGCUCAGGAGCUCUCAGAACCUCCUGCCACAUUCCUCUCACCUCCGUUGCCCUCUGCCCUACCAACGUGAGCUGUGGAGACGUCCUCUGCUUACCCACUAGCUGUCAAGACCAUACCUGGCUCACAGACAACUGCCCAGAGACCUGCGGUGAACCAGCCAGCUGCCAGCCAGCCCACUGUGAGACCGGCAACCUUGAAACCUCUUGCUGUUCUUCCACUGCUUACUAUGUGCCCAGAUCCUGCCAAGGAACCCGUUUUCUUCCUGCUGCUUCUUUCAUCUCCAGCUCCUGCCUUCCAGUGUCCUGUAGACCGCAGAGCUAUGUGUCCAGUAGCUGUCGUCCACUGAGGCCACUGAUCAAUAGUUGCCGGCCCAUAGGAAGCUGUGUGCCUGGUGGCUAUCGUCCCCAGUCCUCCUUUUCCAAUAGCUGCCAGCCCCCAAGCCUCCUCACUUCUGGAUACCGACCCUCCGGUUGCUUGGCCUAUGGUCCUCAAACCCUUCACGUUGUGUCCAGCAGCCUCAGACCUCUGGGGCCUCUGUUCAGUGGUUGCCAACCUCUGAGCCAUGUCUUCAGCACUUGUCGUCCAUCUUGCUCUGCACUGUGAAACCAGUAGCUUCUUUG